CUACCCCCAUUUUUGACCCGGUUUCAAUGUGCACUACAAAUUUUGACAAGCUGUUUACAUACCCUUUUUUACUUGCGCUUUUUUGUCGUUUACCCUCUUUUGCAAACCCGAACUCCAAUCUAUGACUGUUAAAACUCGAGGCGAUGUUAUUUCAAGCUUGCUUUAUUUCGUUUGUUACUUGUAAAUUCUGAGCGCUCGUCUCAUACUUGCUACGAAUUUGCAUUUGCGGAUAAUUUUUUACCACAGUAUCUAUCAGCGCACAAGCGGUGCGUCUUAUGACUUUGAAACGGAUACUUUUUCACUUGUGAUACACGACAAUACGCUUUGCAGUUGCGCAGAGUGCAGGCAAUCCUUUUUUUUUCUCGUACAGGAGCCGAAAAUCACGCGAGAGGAGCAGACCAGGAGGCGGUUAGAGACCGGGGUAGAGUGACUGCUAGUCGCCUGUCCUGUUUUCGCCCGCUCCAGUUUUACUUCGCGAAAAUGUAGGAGAGAUUCUUCACAUCAUCGUUGAGCCUCCUCUAGAGACCUAAAUUUCUUCGGAGGACCGUAGUUACAUCAGAAAUUUUGCACGCGCUGCUACACACAACCAUCUGUAGCACCCUUUUUUUUUGGCUUUAUCAAGCAGUACGUACAACUGUAUCAACUUGGACGUCGUGAAGCAAAAUAUUACUACCGUGGUGUAAGAAGAACGUCGGUUUAGGAGCUUGAGCUACAAAGUAAACCUUGUAAAUAAAUCUAGUGUAGUCGUUGAUUGCCACAAAUAGCUUUCGGGCGCAACAUCGAAGAAAUAGAAUUUCUAGGCCUACUGAGAAAAUUUUUGUAAUACCUCGGAGUUCUUUACUGUUCUUGAUUGAUAUCAUCGGACUCUUUUACAAACCACGCACUACUAACUUGUUCGGAAAAUAAAACGCUUGAAUCGAUUCUAAUUUCAUUCAAUUUUGACGAAUACCAUAAAGGGACCAAAAAGCGAUGGAGCACCAACAUCAUCACUACGGAGGAGGCAGCAGCUCCGGGAGAAGCGGGAGCGCAGGACAUAAUUCUGCCUCCCAUCACUAUGGUUCUACUGCUUCGUACAACAGCGCUUCCCGCCAUGGGGGCAGCCGCGGGUACAACAACGGCGGGCACUACAGCCAGUACAAUAAUAACCAGAGCAGCGGUGGUCAACACUACAGCUCGCGUCGGGGCGGGACCUCCAGCCGCUGGGAGAUCGACGAGGAAGACUGGCGGUCCAGCCGCCGUUUCCAGCCGCCGGAGCGCGGAUCCUCGGCACACAGCAUGCAUACCGCGCACACCUCCCGGAGUGACAGUUACAACAGUACUAGAAAUAAUACGAGCAGUAGUAUCGACCACAUGAACUGGCGCCAGCAAGGCACCACCACCACGUCGCGGUUCGAUCAGGGGGGAAGAUUCUCGUCCUGGCACGACGACCAACAUGUUCCUGGAAGUACAGGCACAACCAGCGGGAAUAACAGUUCUGCAGGCCGCGGAGCAUGUGGACAACAUCAUCACCAGCCGCAGUACUGGUCGCACUCGCAGCGAACCAGCUCCAACUCGUCAGGAAACAGCUACAACAACGGUUACUCGUCCUCAAGUUCCUCGGGGAACUAUGAGCGCGGCAGCCGCGACGGCUUUGGCGGCUCCCGUCGUCAAGGUCAGCGUGACCACCAACAGCAGCAUAGCAGUACCGGCCUUUCCUGGACAAGUCACGCCGGCUCAUCGUCACGAGGUAAUAUGGGGAGCACGACAAGAGACAGUAGCCAAGACUACUACAAUGUGAACAACAAUUCGACGUUGCACAACAACUACGAAAGUAGUAGGAACAAAAAUGGUAAUUCCAACGCAAAUGCCGCAACAUCUUCUAGCAAUACCUCCUACAAUCGCCGGUCGCCGUUUUUCGACGGGGGAGCUUCUACAGAAAGUAAUCGCCAAAGAGGUUCUGCUUCUAGCGGCGCUACUACGAGUUCAUCUACGUCGAGGUUUUUCGGGACGAACCACCUGUCCGCCCCGCGUGGUCCUUGCGCCGGGGCCGCGACUUCCUCAAGUGGCACAACAACUGCGGCGAAUAGUUUCGAUAACGAACGGUGCUCGACCACGGCGAGCAGUAACCAGACCUCCUUCGACACGCAACUGCAACAAGGCGCGACGAACAAUCCGCAUAACUCGGCGGGUCCAUCUUCUACUUCGUCGGCCAACAGGUUUGACCUUGCGGCGGAGCAACACCACGAUCAGCGGUUGUAUCGCGCCAUGUCGGUGGACGAGCUUGAGGUGGACGAGUUGGAGAACCCCAACCAAAUUAUCGCCCCGGUGGUGAACAGCAACGGUACCAACAGCAACACGCGCGUGAUCCUGGAGCCGAAUGAGGAUUACCAGCGCCGGAUGCAGGACCAGUCCUACGACUUCGAGGAGGAAUACAACUUUGGCGGCUCGGAGCAGGACCAGGCAUCGCCCGACAUCGAAAUCGAUGAGGAGGGGGACAGUUCCUAUGACGGUGGUCAGCAGGCGGUGGACCACAAUGUGAUGAACAACAGAAGAGGACCACCUGGACCACUACAGGCGGCUCUCGCUGCAGCUUCCGCCAAUGUUGCCUACGACCUGGCGGGGCCGAUUCACGGACCCUUCAUCGGCCCGUCGUUGCAGCAGCACAGUAGCAGUGGGGGAGCUGGUGCCUCUUCCGGAGCGAGCAGAUCCGGAACAAGUGUAGUUUCCGGAAAUAAUAUUAACCAGAUGAACAACACGUCUUCAUCGUCGAAUAGGCUGCAAGUGAUCGGUCCGCUUUUCGGUCCGCAGCAGCGACAGAACAUCUUCGGAACUAGCAGCGCAACCAUGAAUAACAACAACAGCAAUACUACUAGAAAUAAUCAGAACAACGAACAGAGCAACGACUCGUCAUCGAACUCCUCGCGGCGGGCGGACAGCAGGGAACAACCGUCCCGGGCGCGGAACAACAGCGAGCGAGGAACUCACGGGACUGCCAAUCGUCCCGCAGCGAAUUCAACAGAAGAGGACGACCAGGACAUGGGGCUGGCGCUGCCGGACGACCGCUGGGGCCCGGUCGGGAGCAACCCGUUCACGAACCCAUCGCUAGUACCGGAAUUCGGCUCGGGCGUCGCAAUGUCAAACGCCGCCUCCUCUCGCCCGGUGGGCAGCAGCCGGGAGCCGCAACAGAAUCUCUUCGGGCAGAUGAACACGGGUUCGUCCUCCUCCGCAUCUUCAUCUUCUAGCGCAGCAGGAACCGCGGCACCGGGUGUGAUACAGUCCCCCUUCCAGCCCUACCAGCCGCCAAACGCGAGCGGACACCAGUCGCCGUAUCAGCGUUACAACAGCAACCGGAAUAAGCGACACCGUCCAAGCAACUACCAUCCGGCCUACACCGACCAAGGUAUUCCAUUGCGCAUCAGCUUGUUCUGCGCCCUUUUGUACUGAUAAAUUCUUCUUUUGUAGUUUGGCGUCGAGGAGGAGAAAGAUGAAAACACGACGUGUAGUACCUAGUACUGAUGAACCGAGCGAGAUAUUGUCGUUGUGAAUUCGUAUAUAGUGAGUCUUGGUCAAAGUAUGCAGUGCCUUCUGACACUUCUGAGACCUCUGAAUCAGUUGGAGCGUCUGCAUGCGUUUCGUGCAUCUUGAAAACCUACUUUGCCCCUUCGUGAUUUUGCAUGCAGGUCGUGCCUGAGGCUAGUCUUUGUCUUUCGAGAAAGAAUGCAUGAUGCCAGUAGUUCAAGUUCUUUGCCAACAUUUUCGUUGAGAUUUGUCAAUUUGUGGAAUAAGUUCUACUUCUACUCAUUCCCCAGAUUCGUCGUCGCGAGCACCCCGAAUGACCGAAGAAAGUACCAAACCCCUUUUGCGUUAGUCGAUUCGUAUGUUACACUUUUCGGCGAGCAGCGUUAUCGUACCAGGCUGUAGAAGAAGUACAGCCUGAUAGCUACUGUGGCACGAGGACUCGUGAUCUUGCAGUAAGAACAGGACUCGUGCGGUGGUUGUAUCGUGGUGCUUGUGCGUGGAACUACUACUGCACGUGUGAACAAGGACUACUCUAGCUGGAACGAGAAAGAGCGCGCUUUUGAGAACCACGUGGGACAAACAGGCAGUUCGUAUGUGCGCAUUCACCUGUGGUAGUGGUACGAACAGACUCGAACCGGCAUUACGCGUAGCUGCUGGAUGAGAGUUUUCGCAACUCAAAGUGUGAUGUCUCUACCGCGGGUGAAUACAUGCAUUCGGAAUGAUCGGUCUCGUUGAGGACAGUUGAAUGCAUGUGACGUCGUGUGUGCGCGUCUGAGCAUGAAAUUUUUAUGCAGCAUGUUUGAUUCGAAUUUUCGAUGCUGAACGAGCAAAAAUUGAAGAGUAGGCAUCUUCUGAGGAACCACCAGGAUCGCAAGUUACAUGCAUGAUAUGCAAUGGAAUACUGAAUGGAGAUAGAAUCAUUACGUCGACUCGACUAUGUAGAGAUGCAGGCUUUCUUAUACUAUAAGAAAGCCUGCAUCUCUACAUAGUCGAGUCGACUACAUUCUAUCAACCGGCAAAUAAAUCCACUUUUCUUUUCAGGUCUCGCUGCCGCGCUUUCUUCCCUCGGUGGCCCGGCGUAUGCGGAUCGCACGAAGUGCGACGAUGCGAUUGACCCGAUCUCGCAGCAGCGGAUCUGGGACUUGGGCGACGACGGAAAACGGUCGGCCAACUACGCAGAGAUUAGCUACCUGUUUUCGUACCUGGAAACCGACCCGAAGACGGAGAAGGAGUACGUCCGGGGCUUUGCCAUCGAAAGCUUUCAGCAGUUACUGUUGCAGGCGCGGAAGUCCGCCUCCUGGCCGGUGCUCCGCCACCCAGUGACCAACAUCGUGAUCCCCCCGUCGGCCGUGCACGCCAGUGAGCGUAUGAUCCAUUUGCUACGGGACGCGGGGCGCAUUGCGCCAAUUCAGGAUGAAGACCCGACCACCUGGGCCCUGGAGGAUAUCAGUAUUGUCAUUUUAACACUUUCAAGGGGCAUCUUUGUUCUUGUCUCGCAGAAGCGUUUUAAAAUUUGUUCUUUAGAAAUACAGUUCAUGCACAUCGACUAAAGGAAACUAAACCACGGCUCUCGAAUGAUUGUUUAUCCCCCCAACACCAGUGUCGCACGCGGACCCGGCGGGCUGCCUCAAGAAGCUCGCGUUUAGCGUGUUUCAGCCGUUCUACAUCAAGGCCAGUAUCGAGCUGGACGAGGCGAACGUGCUGGACUUGCCGCUGAAGGACUUGAAGCUCCUGGCGAAGGAGUUGAAAGGAAUGUACCUGCGGAACUUUGACGUGGGGCAAAGGAAGCAGCUUUGUCCGGAGACGAACGGGCAAGCGUUUCUGGACACGCCGUACUGGGAGAACGACGAGCGGCCGUGGCUGUUUUACAUCCUGAGCAACAUCCACUACGUCACGGGCUACAACGCCAGCGUACCCGAGUACCUGCGAAAAAUGGCCAUGUACGUGCUGGUGGCAGCCUUGGCGGUCGUGUGCCCACAGGUAGGAUACGAUACGUAGCAGUACUGGUUGGCGUUUUAUUUCCUCAUCAUGCAACAGUGGGCACUUUCUCUUUCAGGCUUGGUGCAGUUUUGAGUAGGGGCAGGGAGGCUGUACUAAGGCACGCUAGCGUGCUUUUACUGGUAACGAAGGCUUUAAUCAUCAAAGAAAAUGCAAACAACAUACAUUCGCAGGUACGAGAGCGAUACAGCGAUUCGUUCUCAUUGGACUUCGACUAUGCCGGCGGCGACGUGGUGAUGAGCUAG